AUGUCAAGGCCUCCACACCACAGUACCUCCUCUAAAUGCGACCCAAGCCAUGGAAAGAUAGAAUGGAAAUGCAAAUCCUGUAACUCCUAUCCUUUGAUGUGUACUACCUGUUGUCAGGAAAUCCAUCAAGACCAACCUUGGCACCGGCUCCAACAUUGGGAGGGGAAUCAUUGGAGAAAAGCGUCUGUACAAGAGCUAGGGGUUCAAGUUCAUCUAGGCCAUCAAGGAUCACCUUAUGAAAACAACGACCUAGAUGGCUCUGCUGAGGACAAUCUUCAAAAGACAGACUUUUGGUUUGAAAGUCAAACUAUCAUGUCAAAAUAUUCAGGCGGGGUUCCCUUGAAGGUUGUGCACACCAAUGGGAUUCAUCGGCUGCUUUUCACAUUUUGUGAAUGCCCAAGCUCCCCCCCUCAUAGGCUUCAACUCCUGUCUCUUGGUUUCUAUCCUGCAUCUAUGGAAAGGCCUAGAACAGUUUUCACUCUGGCCUGCUUGGAAGACUUUCUUCUCACAAAUAAGGAAUGCAAAACAUCACCUCUUAGUUAUCAUACCAAGCUUCUAAGGGCUACACAUGCUCAUUCAAAACAGGUGGCCUACAAGUCCUUUUUGAGAGUUACAAGACAGUAUAGAGUGCUCAAGUGGAGAAUGUAUGGAGGGGUGGCCUAUCAAGACGGACCCAUCCAGCCAGGGUCUUUAGCUUUAAGAUGCCCAACAUGUCCAUUCAUUGGAGUUAAUACCCCAGAGAAAUGGACUUCUGAGAGCCAAAGGAAAAACUUCCCUAUAGGAAUUGUUACAGAUGCCUCUUUUUCAGCCCAGCACACUAGAAUGAAAGACUCUGGGAAUAAUGUGCCUUUGGCAGAGGGUCAUCUUAUUACAGUUGCUGAUCAACCUUACAAGAAACAUCUGCUUCUAAAGAUUAUAUUCAAACAGACUAUCAAGGUUACAUGCAACGACCAUAAGGCUGCUCAAAACAAUCAUGGUUCAAAAUCUAAGAGCCAUCUGGAUGUUACAGGCAUAGGUGCUGCUGCAUGUUCAAGACAUGGCAUAUUUCUCCCUCACACAUGUGUGGAUCUUCAAUUAGGAGAAGCCCAAAGGAACAUGGACUACUGUCUAUUUUGGGCUUUUCAGGCCUUCCCUGGAGUUGCUCUCUUCAUUCUCAUCUAUGACAUUGUCUGUCAAUAUCACAUCAAUAUGCGCAAAAGGUUCAAUCAGUACUCCGAAAUAUACCUCCCUGAAACUGCAAGGUUUCUGUGGUCUAUUGGACAGUUCCAUGUACAUGGGCAUAUAAACAAGUGCUUCUCCAGGUUUUCUCUCAACUUUGUCAAACAUGCUGGUGCUCAAGAUGGUGAAACCAUGGAAACCUUAUGGCCAGAUGCUGUCAACGCUAUUAAGGAUAGCACGAGAGGAAUGACAGACUCCCAUCGACAUGAGGUUCUAGAUGAUAACAUGACAGAUUGGAACUGGAAGAAGUUACUCAAAAUGCCUGACACCCUUAUUGGGAAAUGGAAAAGGGCUAUCAUAGAGUCCAAGGCAGCAAAUGAGGCCUUCGAAAGGUUCAACAAAGGAGCUACAGAAGCUGAAAGGAAGGACUGGCAGAAAGAGGCUGAAGAAGCUCAUAGACAGAGGGAAUUAAAUGAGAGCUCUGAAAGCAUGGAUAUCUUUAAUGCUGAGGAAGCACUUCCUGAAGGGAAGGCCUCAGCAAGGGGUGAUGUUCAAGCUGUUUCCUCCCCUGAUGCCUCAUGGCUUUCAGAAGGAAUACUCAUUGAACAUAGAAGACAAAGACUUCAAUCAGAUCUUAAAGACUUCAAUCUCAAAGGCUUUUCUCGUUACAACCUGGAAGGGUAUCAGAUUCUUGAAAGCCUACCAGGGGUGUCAAGUCUUGGAGAAGCUUGGGAUGAUGAUGAGGAAGAAAUAGCACAGGAUGAGCUUUUAGGACAACAGGAAAUCCCCAACCACAGCAACCUCACAACAAUCUCAGAAGAGCCAUGGAAUCCAGAGAAACAGCCUGCUGCUAUGCCCUCUACCUUAGGUUUUCCAUACAUGAAGAAAAUCCAACGGGUAGAUUUGGUUCAAAAGGAAAUCAAGCUCAGAGUAGCCGAGAUGAAUGACUGCAUCACAGCUAUUAGAGAGGGAAUAGUGGCAAGAACCUAUCUCUAUCAAGGAAGGGUCAAAAAUCCAUCAUCCUACAGAACUAGGCUGAGAUCUCAAAAAGAUGUUCAAGUGGCAAGUGAAGCGCUUAUGAGACAUGUUCGGUUCUACACUGGAGCUAGACAAUCUUUAUUCAACCUAUAUGACAAAGAGGAUGAAGAAGAUACAAAGGCCCAUAGUGCAAGAAUGGAUUUAUAUCCUGAACUGACAAGUCAAGACCUGAAGGCCAACCCCGUAUUGAUGGAACCAUCUACUUCAGGACUAAGAAAUGAACAUGGUUCUUGGAUCUGGAGUUUUUCUGGUGGGAUAGAGGAAAGAGCUAGUUUUGUUCAAUCAAGUAAGUGGAGUAUUUUAUAA